AUGCUAGUUACGGGUGGUCAUAUGCCGAGAAUCAGACUCAGGAACGAUGUAAGCUCCAGCAGUUUUUGGACGAGAAUAACUGGUCAAAAAUGGAGCAAGCAUCAUGUUUUUAUAUUUGUACAUACUUUUAUGAGUUAUGCAAUGCUUCAUGCCACUCGGAAAACAUUGUCUACUGUUAAACCAUCACUUAUUCACACAUGGAUCUCAAAUACUUCAACACCCGAUGGUCCAGUAUUUCCAUCUCAACAAGCUGCAGCUGAAUUCUUAGGUGUUCUGGAUACAGGAUUCUUGGUUGCAUAUGCAAUUGGUCUGUACAUAUGUGGAAUACUUGGAGACAACUACAAUCCUCGUCGCCUUCUAACAGCUGGAAUGAUGCUUUCUUCAAUUAUUGUAUUCUGUUUUGGAUAUCUAACUGAAACUUUUCAUUUCUACUCUCCGAUGGUCUACUCGUUUUUAUGGAUUUUGAAUGGGUUUAUUCAAUCCGUCGGGUGGCCUGUUGAAGUCUCUAUUAUGGGCAAUUGGUUUGGACAUAAUGCUCGUGGAGCAGUUAUGGGAGCUUGGUCAUCGUGUGCAAGCGUUGGAAACAUAAUUGGAACAUUGAUAGCUAGUUACACUCUUUUUCUGGGAUAUCAGUACUCAUUCCUGAUUGCAUGCUCCCUUUUAUUCAUCUACAGUUUUCUUGUAUUCUUUCAACUUCCAUCAGCUCCAUGGGAAGUGAGUAGUGAUAUUCUACCAGAACAAAUGGAAGAGGAAGAGACUGAUGAUGAGCCUACAGAAAGACCACCACCAAUUGGAUUCUUGAAAGCUUGGUUACUUCCAGGUGUUAUUGCAUAUUCACUGGCUUAUGCGUGUCUGAAGCUUGUUAAUUACGGUUUCUUCUUCUGGUUGCCAUACUACCUUCAUGCUGGCUUGCACUGGCCCGAAUCCUACGCCGACUCACUUUCCACGUGGUAUGAUGUUGGAGGAAUCGUGGCUGCUGUGCUCGCCGGAGCCUUUUCGGAUCACAUGAGAUCUCGAACCCCAGUUGUGUUUAUUAUGCUGUUAAUGGCAACUGUUUCACUUUAUAUUUAUGCACAUUCCCCCGAAUCCUACAACUGGAAUGCAUUCCUCUUACUCGUCGCCGGAUUUUUCAUCGGAGGACCGGCCAACAUGAUCUCAAGCUCAAUUACGGCAGAUCUCGGAAAAUGUGAUCAACUUCGUGGAAACGCGGAAGCUCUUUCCACAGUGACGGGAAUUAUUGAUGGAACUGGAAGUAUUGGAGCUGCAAUUGGACAAUGGUUUAUUCCAUCGGUUCAGCAUUGGUUUGGGUGGGAUGCGGUGUUUUAUGGAUUUAUUGUCAUGAUACUCUGCACCGCCCUUUGCUUGGUCCCAGUUCUUUGGAAAGAGCACAAAGAGCGCAGAAUUCAUCGUUCCGAAGAGGUAGAUUCACUGUUACAGAGUGAUUCCGAUGAAAAUUUAGCAGAUGAUAUUCAGGAAAUUAGACGAAGGCCUACUAAUGCAAUUGUAUAAUAUGUGUCAGAUGUUUCAUAGCAGAAGUCUAGUUAUUUUUUAGCUCAAGAAAUAACUUGGUUUCUAUUUUUUAUUCCCGUUUAUUGGGGUGUCAGUGUCUAGACAUGGAACAAAGCGGACAGUUUUUAGUGUUUUUGUCUUUUUUUUUUUGGGUUCAUCUGUUCUGUAAACAUCGUGUCUUCUUUUGCCGCCAAUAAUAGAAAACACUUUUUGAUUGUAUAUAAAACCCUUUCACUGAUUCCAUCUUUUUUCAGCAUCAUAAAAGAAUAAAAACAUAUUUAUUGAACAAA